AAUUGAAACCAACCUUAAGCUUUUUUAUCUCCACUCUAAAGUUCCUUGUCAUUUCUUUAUAGCGAAGGUGUCUUGUGUUUUUGUGUGAAGUUCUAAAAUUGAAGACAUAAGGAGACAUUGUCAUCACUAAAACCAGGUAAAAAUGGAAUUUUUUAGAGAACUUAGAGAGCUUCAAGGUAACCAAGAAAGGGAAGAGGAAGAGGGUGUUGUAUCCGUGGAACCGAUUACAAUGGUAGUACCACUGGAAUUACAGGAUUUUUCGAAGGCCAUUACGCUGAAAAGUAGCCCUAGUUCAAGCGCACAUGGUGACGCCGAUAGCCAUCAUUCCUCAACUUCUAAUAGUCCGUCUGCAGAGGCGACGCCCCAUGAUGGUAGGGGUGAGGGGAACAGCCACAAUGCUCCAGUGUUUACGAACACAAAGGAGAGUGUGCCAGUAAUGGAUGUGUGGGAGAACAUUCCCAUUAUUGGGAAGUUGGAUAACAUCUAUAAGGUGUCGCAAAAUUUGCCUUUGGGAUUUAGGUUUAGAGUGGCGCUCCACCAUGAUGUAGCAGACGAUGCGACCACUAUUACACGAUUUAACAAUUUGGAGAGAUGGUGUGCCCGUGAAGACUUAGAUGCUGAAGACGACGUGCCCUUUAUUCGGCGACGAACGAGCUCUAGGGCUCAUCUUGUCAUUGCAUGCUCAUCUGAGGUGCCUUCUGCCCCCACCAGUGGUAGUGCCGAGGCCAGGUCUGCACAAGGUAUGCACAACUUUGUCCCUUUUGUGGACCAGCAAUGCGUUAAGAGUUUUGUGCAACAAAACAAUGGUCACGCGACUAGGCUAAAGUUGAUGGACGCCUUUAACUAUGUUGUGGCACUAUUCGAGUGCAAGCAGGGGGCACGGGGGCAAGCACGCGAGCUCAAAGAAAGUUGCAAGUGGCUGACUUCCAAGAAGGUGAGCUUGGAGGAAGAGGUGAAUCACUUACAGAGCUUUGAGAUGACUAACCGAGCAGCGUUUGUAGAGUGCCGAGCUGACGAGUUGAAUAAUAAGGUUCUUGAGUUAAAGGAAGAGCUGGAGAAGGUUCAAGUCGAGAAGGAAAGUGGCAUUCAAGUCGCUAAGGAGGAGGCUUGGCGUGUAGAAGAACGGGUGGAAAAGGUAGAGGCUGAAAGGGAAGGCGUUAUGAACGAGUUUAGCCCUCUAAGGGCUCGAGUGGCUGCGGUAGAUCAAAAUGUUGUGCGUAGGCAGCAAGCCUUGGAUCAAAUAAAGUUAUCUUAUGAGCACUCCAUUAGCAUGGCCCGAGCUCAAAGGGCGGAGUGGCUACUCAAGUAAAAAAUGUUCCAAGACAUUGUGGUCGUUACAUCUAUGAACACCAUAGCACAGAUUUAUGAUGAGCUUUGUGUAAGGUUGUUAUGGCACUGGCCUAACUUCCCCUUGGUGAGUUGACGUUUGUAGAGGGAGAGGAGAUUGAUGAAUAAGGAAAAAGUUUGUUG